AACACAAAGUAAGCGAAAGAAAUGUCGUCACCCUUCCACUCCAUCGUUAUCUUACUAAUUUUAUCAAUUUCGUCCUCAACAGCCGAAAAUGUAACGCAAUUUGCAAAGCCCUGUCGAAAAGAGCAAGAACCCUGCAAAACCUUGGAAGAUUGUUGUUCCGCACAGGAAGCGGGGGUUUCAAGUCACUUCAAAUAUCGCAAAUGCCGGGCGGCAGCUAAAUACUACUGGAAGGCGAAGGAAGGAAAGUGCUCCUACAUCCGGGAAAAUACCCGCAUGGAUUACGUCGAUAUUGGAUCCGGGGCUUGUGCCGCGUGGGGUGUGGCGUGCAAAGUGGAGUACGAUUGCUGCGCCCAUAUGAGCUGUGCCGGUUCCAGGUGCACGUACGAUUACGGGUAUGACGAGCAAGUCGCCAUGGCAGAAUUGACGAAAAAAGGACAUUUUAAAUUUGAAGGGAAUAACAAACCGUAUCAUCAUUUUAUUGAAGAUGGGGUUAAAAUUCCUGUUAAUUAAGGAGCUUUUUUG